ACUACUACCCAAAUACCCACGAGAACAAUACCGGACAAGGGUAAGUUCUUUGAGUCUUGUAAAGUUUUGAAGGUGACAGUUUUUAAGUUUAACUAUGUUUCAAAUUUAAGCCUGCGAGCAAAUUAAUAAAAAUGUCUAAAGCGAUACGUUGCGUCUCAAACUUAAGCUCUACAUGAGAACUCAUUUGUAUAACUCUUACAAGAUAAAGCUACCAUCUCGGUCUUUUUGACUCACAGGAGAUACUAAGAGCUCAAAUGGUUCAAACAGCUUACCUGGCGUGGUGGUGGGAAGUUUCUUUGGGGGUGCAGUCGUAACCUUAUUAAUAUGCCUCCUUGUGGUGUUUGUAAAGCGUACAAAGAAGAGAAAAUCCCACGUCUCUGACUUACCAUUAACAGUACGGGAGCAACCCACAGAUGAACCGCAGGUGGAAAAUCAGGAAGAUUUUUCCAAUUGGAGACCGCCAAAGGACAAGGGGCCGUUUUUACUAAGAAAGGCU